AUAGCUACAAUUGCUCAUAUCCUGAGAGGCCAUCAUAUAUAUUGCUCUUAUAUUUUACUACACAGUUAUUUUUUUUUACCUUCUUUAACGUUUACUUGUCAAGGGUAUUAUAUGGACGUUUCACCAGGCUCUUGCUUCUCCGAACAGGAUUUUGACGAUCUAAUUUUCAACGGUGAAGAUGAGAUUAUGAACACCAUUGAGGAGCUAGCGGCGGCACUCGGGGAAGAUUUGCCGAACGCGUCGUCAACGUCGUCGGAGAGCGUUGACUCUGCGUUGACCGGCAAGCGAAGCCCGAGCCCGAACGUUGUUGAAACUCAGGAAAGGGUUCCCAAGCAGCGGAAGCUUCAUCACGGCGUCGUCCAUGGAAAACCCGACCAUACUACGGCGGAUCUCAGUCCGUCGUCGUCUACCCCGUUCAUCCUCUCCUUCGGCUACCCCAAUAACUGCUUUCCGCAAAAGGGGGAAGACAUCAUUUUAGAAACCUUAAAACCUGAAAUCCCGGCGACCGUCGACGCCGCCAGAAAGAAGAUCAACAGUAGCGGCCGUGCCUCGAAGCUGCCGUCGAACACCUACGAUCACAUCAUGGCGGAGAGAAAGCGCCGGCAGCUUCUCAGCCAACAAUUCCAAGACCUCUCCACCAUCGUCCCCGGCCUCAAAAAGAUGGAUAAAACCUCGGUGCUGGGGGACACGAUAAAAUACUUGAGAAAUCUACAGGAGCGAGUUAAGAAUCUGGAGGAGCAAGCCAGCAAACAGACCAUAAAGUCGAACGUAUACGUUCGGAGAUCGCAGCUGUUAAUCGAGGACGAAGGAUCCUCGUACGAAGACAGCGGCUCCGGCGAGCAGUCGCUGCCGGAGAUCGAGACGAGAGUGAGCGACAGAAACAUUCUUUUGCGGAUUUACUGCGAGAAACACAGGGGUGUUCUCACCAACAUUUUCACUGAGGUUGAUAAGUUUAACCUUAGUGUAACCAACACCAGCGUUUCACAUUUUGGGAGUCUCGCACUCGAUAUCACCAUUAUCGCCGAGAUGGAAAAGGAGAAGGAUUUGUCCGUAAAAGAUCUGGUGAAAGGAAUACGUACAAGUCUGCAACAUGCAACACGAGCAUCUAAGAAGUCAAAAUAAAUAAUUUUAUCAAAGACCUCGUGAUCGAGUGACAUAACUGUGGUCCCUCAAAUGAAAAGGAAAGAAGUCAAAAUAAUUUACGGAAUAUUUUUUUUUUGAAAGCUAAUUUACGGAAUAUAAUUACAUAUACUUUCAUUUUUUAUUUGAGGGUGAUGAUACACUGUUAUGGUUUGUACAAGCCCUAAAGUAUAUGAAAAAUUUGACAAAAACAACAUUUCAAGAAGUCCUAAUCACUGAAGUAUUUGAUUGUAGACUUAUAGAUAUUAGAUGAGAUGUCCUAAUCAUGCUUAAAUUGUGGAAAUUAUGGCUGCCUUAUAUUGUACCACUUGUAGUCAUGCCAUGGGCCCCUGGCACAUUGCUGUAACAUCUAUUCAUUGUUCAACUAACCCCAAAUUAUAAUGUAUAAAUUAAUUAAUUCUGCUCACA